GGCCUCGCGGGUGGAGUGUCCUGCGACCCCAGCGCGACCCGGCGACUUCGGCUGCUUCGGCCACCAUGCCGCGCUCUUUCCUCGUCAGGAAGUCCGCCUGCUCGCGCCGGAGGCCCAACUACAGCGAGCUGCACGACUCCUCCCCGGAGUUCACCUUCCAGCAGCCCUACGACCAGGCUCACCUGCUGGCGGCCAUCCCGCCUCCCGAGGUCCUCAACCCCACGGCCUCACUGCCCACGCUCAUCUGGGACUCGCUGCUGGCACCCCAGACCCAGGCGAUUGGCUGGGCUUCUCUCCUGCCCCAGGAGAUGCCCAAGGCUGUUGUCGAGCUGACCUCCCUGUCGGACGAGGACAGUGGGAAGGGCUCCCAGCCCCCCAGCCCGCCUUCGCCGACUCCUUCGUCCUUCUCUUCCACCUCGGCCUCAUCCCUGGAGGCUGAGGGUUUUGCUGCCUUCCCGGGCUUGGGCCAGUUGCCCAAGCAGCUGGCCGGGCUCUCGGUAGCCAAGGACCCCCAGUCCCGCAAGGCCUUCAACUGCAAAUACUGCAACAAGGAGUAUGUCAGCCUGGGCGCCCUCAAGAUGCACAUCCGCAGCCACACGCUGCCCUGCGUCUGCGGCACCUGCGGGAAGGCCUUCUCCAGGCCCUGGCUGCUGCAGGGCCACGUCCGCACGCACACCGGCGAGAAGCCCUUCUCUUGCUCGCACUGCAGCCGCGCCUUCGCCGACCGCUCCAACCUGCGUGCGCACCUGCAGACCCACUCGGACGUCAAGAAGUACCACUGCAAGGCCUGUGCCCGCACCUUCUCCCGCAUGUCGCUGCUCCACAAGCACCAGGAGGCCGGCUGCUCCGGGGGCCCCCGCUGACCGCAGGCUCCUCCCGCCGCUCCUCCCCGGGCAGUGCCCCGACCGACCCACCGCCGAGGGCUCCCCGCCACCUCCCCUCCGCUGCGCCCGCCCCACAGGGCCCGGCCUUCUCCAGCGCUCUGCUCGGGGCCGCGUGGUUCUGCGAGGCCUUUCGUGGCCGUUUCCGUGGACGGCCGCCGGUGGGCACUGGGCUUGUGCAGUGGAGACCCUCCUGGCAGCUGCCGCUCCGGGGCUUCUGGAGUUGGCCUGUCUGUCGGUUUGUGUGUCCGAAGCUAUUUGGAUGCAGCUGCUUUGAGCUCCAGAACAAAAGCCAGCAGACUGAUGGGGAGCUCCCACCCCACUCAGGGGACCCCUGCCCCGGAACCCUCAGGCCACCCCUCCAGGAGGUGUGACUAACUAUGCAAUAAUCGCCCCCAGGUGCACCUGCGCGGCCUGGGGCAGUCACGGACACAAGGACACGUCUAGACCCCAGGAUGCCCCCCGGCCUGGGCAGCUAUUUCGAACUCCCGUUUGUCAUGGUGGCACCUGUUUCACGGGCAAUUUAACAAUGUCUGAAAAGGGACUGUGAGUAAUUGCCAUCACUUGUCCAGGCCCGAGCGGGGCACUUCGGCCCCACCGAUGUAUCUCCCAGAACUAUUUUCAGGCCCGACAGGUGGGCCUGGGAGGAAGAUGUUUACAUUUUUAAAGGUACACUGGUAUUUAUAUUUUGAGCAACAUUUUGUACUAAGGAAACGUUUUGUAUAGUUAUAUGUACAGUUUAUUGAUAUUCAAUA